CUUUAUGUUUUAUUUUUUGUGCUUAUUUUAUAUUUUGUGUGGCAAUAAAAAAGUAUGUCGGGCCUAGAAAGAUUUGAAGACACUCCGGAAUGGCGGGAAAAAUUGCGCAAUCAUCUGCUUUUCAAUCGUGGGAUGCCUGUGAGCAGGCUUACGGGAUGGCCAAACAAUUACAGGGGCCGAAAUUCUAGUGUGGACAUUGUUAUAGACUUUCCAGCGCUAAUUAAAGCCAAGAAAGCGGAGUUGAAGAAAAAACAGGAAGAAGAAGAAGAUAAAGCCAAGGAGCGCAGUGCGCUUGCAAAUAUAUCUAGUGACAUGGAAAUGGCAAAGCCAACGGAUUGUAGCAUAAUUUAUCUAUCCUCAUUUGAUGACUCGCAGUCGGUCAUAGAGAUCAGUGACGAUGAAAAAAGUCCACAAACGCCAGAUGUUAGUGUGCCGCCGCCGUACAGCAGAAGCUCCCGGCUUUUAAAUAAAAAAUACAGACGAAUUUAAAUUUAACUGUAGUAAAAUGUAAUAAU